UGAUACUACGGGAAGUGACUGAGAGCUUCAGUUACCUCUCUUCGUGAAACAGGCUGGAGUUACCCCUCUUUCUCUGGUUUGUGUUACCUCCCUUUGUGAAACGGAAAACACUGAGUCUCCCUCAUUUCAGGGUUAACAAACUCAGAGUUUUCACUAAACCUGCUUCGUGAAACGGACCCCUGGUGAACUCCAUGAAAGCUGAGAGUCUCAAGCUCAACUGGAUCUGACCUGAUGGAGUCGGAUAACACUAAAAAGACUGCACGCACUUUGAUGAAGAGGUGCCUCCUCCUCUCCUUCCUCUGCAUUUUAUCACUGUGCAUUUUCAUUGGAUGGUCAAGAACCUUAAGACUGAAUCCUUUAGCCUUCAGCAGCAGCAGAAACAUGACCAUCCUGCUGUGGCACUAUCCCUUCGGAGAGUCAGUGAGCCUGAAUGGUGAUGUGUGCUGGGAUAUGUACCACAUCCCUCACUGUCGCCUGGUGGACCAGCACUCCAUGUUCUCCUCGGCCGAUGUGGUUGUCUUCCACAACAGGGAGCUGAUAGAAGGCACACAGAAGCUGCCCACCGACCAGCCUCGUCCACGGGGCCAGAGGUGGGCCUGGAUGACCCUGGAGGCCCCGCCUCACAAUGGAAACUUGGAUCCGUUUGCAAACAUCUUCAACAUGACCAUCACCUACAGGAGGGAUGCUGAUAUCACUGUUCCCUAUGGAGAGCUGCUACCUAAAGAGGAUGAAGGACGUCUGGUGGAAGACAACCUUCAGGAAAAGACCACUCUGAUCUGCUGGGUGGUCAGCAACUACAACAGCAACCACAAAAGAAGCCAAGUGUACAAUGACCUCAACGCCAUAGUUCCUGUGAAGGUCUACGGGCGAUGGACACAGACACCCCUCGACUCCUCAGGCCUCCUAUCUACAGUCUCUCACUGCUACUUUUAUCUGGCUUUUGAGAACUCAGUCUCCCAAGAUUAUAUCACAGAGAAGCUGUGGUAUAAUGCUUAUGAAAGCGGAGCUGUGCCCGUCGUCCUGGGAGCGUCGUUAAGUGAUUACAAAGCUGUGGCUCCACCUCAUUCGUUCAUCCAUGUCGACGAGUUUGCAUCAGUGAGAGAAUUGGCAAAUUAUCUACAAGAGCUGGCAAAGGACAAGAAACGCUACGCUGAAUAUCUGACGUGGAAACAACAUUGGAAAGUGAAACAGAACUCAGACGUGAGGGAGAGACUGUGUAAGAUCUGCGCAGAGUUCAACAGUUUACCUCAGCACAAGGUUUACUCAGACCUGGAGGCCUGGGACAAAACCACUUCAGCUUGAAUGGUUGCCAUUGAUGGUGACAAAGACAAGCUGCUGUUUUUACUGUGUUUCUGACACAUUAACAGGAAUCACCACCACAUCCUCUUCAUUACUUCUUACUAAGUACUGAUAGCUAUAUUGAAGUCAGUAGAAACAGGAAGGAGAAUGGUUUUAAAGGGAGAAAAAAAAUAAAUAUUCUCAUGUCACUUGUCCAUGUAUAUAUAUAUAUAUUAGGGCUGGGACGUUAACGCGUUAAUUAAUUAAUUACAGCUAAAAUAACGCGUUAAGGCUAUUAAUUGCACCCUCCUCAGUUCCCUCAGUUCUGGCACACCGGUAACUCUGAUGAACACUGCAGCCCAGUAGGUGGCAGUAAUGAACCUAAAGUCUGUUUGUAGCCAUGAAGAAGAAGCACAGGAAGUACUGAGUGAAGUCAGGCACUGGUUAACAGUGAAGGAAGAUAAGAUUGAGCUUGUGGGGCAGAAAGUUUCCUUUUAAAAAUCUUCCUGAUGGCAGCUUGGAUAAACGCCUGGUUGUGUGCAAAUUGUACAACAAAGAGUUUUCUGAUCACUGCGUCACUUCAAGCCGACAGUAUCACCUCAAUGUAAAACAUGUUGCUGUUAGCACCGGAGCUAACGUUAGCUACGAGUCAUGCUAACGACUAACGGUGUAGCCAUCCCAUAAUAGACCACUUUUCUACACAGUGCUUGAGUUUACAGAAAGUCUUAAAAUGUUGAAUAAAAUCGCUAUAAUUGCACUUAGAUUUGCAGUAAUCUGUGAAUGUAGCAGACAGAUGAAAAAUGCAGAUAAAUAGAAAUGAAACAUUUUUGUGGUUUAAGUUUUUACUCCGUCGAGGCUCUGCCUCCUUGGAGAAGGAAUAACUUAAACAACAAAAAUAUCUCUUUUAAUAACUGAAUUAUAAACUUUUGUUUAUAAAGAAAUUACAUAAAUAAAAAUUGAUAUUCCUACAAAAAGAACCAUCAAAAUUACACCAUUUAUCAGACCCAGAAAAGAUGGAAACAGAAUGAAUUUCUGGAUUUUCAACUUUCUGAAGCUCCUUGAACUACUUAUGCUGAUUUUAUGUGCCAUACAGUGGAAAAAAACAACUAAAUUCAGGCUUUAAGUCAUCAAAAGCACUUUUUUCUAUAUGUCCUAUUUUCCUUUUUUAAAUAAACUUUAAAUUAUAAACAUG